UGAAUUUCAGUAUUUUCUUUACCUAUAUUAUUAUUAUUAACUAAAUAAAUAAGUUUUUUAAUAAGCUUCUCUAAUAAUAUUUUAGCUUGUACACAUGAUUUGUUUAUUAUUAGUACUGAUUUCAAUUUCAAGUAAUGUUUUAUUACGGAGUUUUUUUUUUUUUCCUCUCCUAAAUCAAUAGAGAAAGCAGAGCUACACGAGAACGAUGCCGCUACCUCUUAUUUGUGCCCGCUCCCCUCGAAUACAUGACCCAAAAUACCCUUUUCUUCAAUCUGUAAAAAUGGCACCAAAAUAGAAGGGGAAGUGUAAAAGAUGUGAUGUCUUCGUGUUUGAGUUCUUCAACAGCCAAAAAAAUCUUUCCUUUUUCCCACAAAGUAUCAAAAAUUAGAGCUUUCUCUCAUAUGGGGUUCUCCAAAGACUUCACCAAAACAUUGAGAAAUGAUGACAACAGCGGAGCAAGGAACGAGACACAAACAUCUGGUUCAGAAAUAAAUAGUAUCUAUACAAUUCUCACUAUUGAUCGUUGGGAAUCACUGAACCACAUGGGAUAUAAAUUGGCUUCACUCAGACCAGUUCAUGGAAGGCUGGCUUUGAAAUUUCUCAACUGGUUCAUCAAACAGCCUGGUUUGAAUCUUUCCCACAUCAGUCAUAUAUACUCUAUCACAACCCACAUAUUGGUUAGAGCUAGAAUGUAUGACUCUGCCAAGUCAAUUUUGAGAUGUUUAUCUCAGAUGGGUAUCGGUUCACAUUCUGUUUUUGGUGCUCUCAUGGACACAUACCCUCUUUGCAAUUCUAACCCUGCAGUUUUUGACCUCCUAAUUAGGGUUUACAUACAGAAAGGAUUGGUUGAAGAUGCCUUAGAGACCUUCAAUUUGAUGGGUUUUCGAGGGUUUAAGCCAUCGGCUGAUACUUGUAAUAUGAUACUUGCAGCAAUGGCCAAAGAUGGACGUGGUGGAUCUGUAUGGUCACUUUUCAAGGAAAUGCUUGCGAAAAAGAUUUGCCCUAAUGUUUGUACAUUUAAUAUACUUUUAAAUGUUCUUUGUGUGGAAGGAAAGCUUGAAAAAGCCGGCUAUCUCCUCAAAAAGAUGGAAGAAACCGGUUAUGUUCCGACACUAGUUACUUAUAAUACCUUACUCAAUUGGUAUUGCAAGAAGGGAAGGUAUAAAGCUGCUUUUGAGCUCCUUGAUCGCAUGGGCUGUAAAGGUCUUGAAGCAGAUGUGUGUACAUAUAACAUGCUUGUAGAUGAUUUAUGUAGAAAUAAUAGGAGUGCCAAAGGUUAUUUAUUGUUGAAAAAGAUGAGGAAGAAGAUGAUUUUCCCAAAUGAAGUCACCUAUAAUACUCUCAUCAAUGGGUUUGCCAAAGAGGGGAAGAUUGGGGUUGCUACUCAGAUUUUCAAUGAGAUGUCGAAGUUUAGUCUUUCACCAAACUGUAUUACUUAUAAUACCUUGAUUGAUGGGCAUUGCCAGGGAGGUAAUUUUGUAGAAGCUUUUAAACUUUUGGAUAAAAUGGAAGCCGUCGGACUAAGAGCUAACAAAGUUAGUUAUGGGACUAUUUUGAAUGGAUUAUGCAAGUAUUGCAGGUUUGAUUUAGCAAGAAGUCUUCUUGAGAGAAUGAGGGCAAAUGGUAUAAUCGUUGGUCAUAUUGCAUAUGCAACUUUGAUUGAUGGGUUAUGCAAAAAGGGGAUGCUUGGUGAAGGUAUGCAAUUGCUUGAUGAGAUGUUCAAGAAUGGUGUAAAUCCGGAUCUUAUUACAUAUUCAGUGCUUGUAAAUGGAUUCUGCAGAUCAGGAAAGUUUUCUAAAGCAAAGGAGAUAAUAUGUAAGAUGUUUAAAGCUGGACUUGAACCAAACAACAUAGUAUAUUCUACAUUAAUCUACAACUUCUGCAAGCAAGGAAAUGUUGUUGAAGCAAUGAAAGUCUAUGCGGUCAUGAAUCGCAAUGGUCAAACAAUUGAUCUUUUUGUUUGUAACACGUUGCUUGCUUGUCUUUGCAGAGGUGGAAGGAUAAAAGAGGCCGAGGAUUUCAUGCAUCACAUGAUUAGGAUUGGUCUUGUCCCUAAUUCCAUUACUUUUGAUUCUAUUAUUAAUGGCUAUGGAACCAUAGGCGAUGGGUUAAAAGCAUUUUCUUUGUUUGAUGAAAUGAUUGAGUCUGGUCAUCUCCCUAGUCUUUACACAUAUGGUAGUAUACUUAAAGGACUAUGCAAAGGAGGAAACUUAGAGGAGGCUAAUAAAUUCUUGAAAGAACUCCAAUCCAUUCCUCAUGCUGUGGAUGCUGUUGUCUACAACACAUUAUUGGCUGCGGCAUGUAGAUCAGGCAACUUGCUAAAGGCAGUAGUCCUUUUGGAUGAGAUGGUUCAAAAUGAUGUGCUCCCUGAUGGUUACACAUACACCAGUCUUCUUGCUGGGUUAUGUAAGAAAGGCAAGAUGGUUGCUGCAGUUCUUCUGCUUGGAAAAAUGACUGAAAGAGGUACUUUCUUUCCAAACCAGGUUUCAUACACCUGCUUAAUUGAUGGACUUUUCAAGGCAGGCCAACCAAAGGCUGCUGCUUAUUUCUAUGAGGAGAUGGUGAAGAAAGGUCUGUACCCGGAUGUGGUUGCAUUUAAUGUAAUUAUAGAUGGUUACUCAAGAAUGAGACAAAUGGUCAAGGCGAAUGAAUUCUUCUCUUUGAUGAAGAAAAGAAAUGUGUGCCCUAAUUUGGCUACAUAUAAUAUUCUCUUACAUGGGUAUUCAAAAGAACAGGACUUACCGAGAUGCUUUGCAUUAUACAAUAGUAUGACAAAGAAAGGUUUUCUGCCUGAUAAAUUAACGUGUCAUUCUCUAAUUCUUGGACUUUGCCAAGCAGGUAUGCUGGACGUUGGGGUUAAAUUUUUGAAAAAACUGAUUGCGGAAGGUACUUUGGCUGAUCGGUCUACUUUCAAUAUGCUGAUUAUCAAGUGUAGUGAGAGGGGUGAGAUGGGGAAGGCUUUUGAUCUGUUCAAAAUUAUGAAUUUAAUAGAAGUCUAUCCCGAUGAACAAACUUACAGCAGCAUACUUAAGGGACUGAACCGAAAUUUUGGUUUCCGAGAAUCUCAUAUUAUCUUGCAUGAAAUGUUGGGAAUUGGUUUUAUUCCUACAAGUAGACAAUAUGUUCGUCUGAUAACUGGCAUGUCUAGAGUGGGAGAUAUAAAAGGAGCGUUGAAGCUGAAAGAUGAGAUGGAGGCACUUGGUGUUGCCUCCCGGGAUGUAGCUGAGAGUGCCAUGGUUAGAGGGCUCGUGCAGCGAGGGAAGACGGAAGAAGCGAUGCUGAUUCUUGAUUGCAUGCUUCGGGCCCAACUUAUUCCAACAAUUGCUACUUUUACAACUCUAAUGCAUAAAUUUUGCAGAGAAUCUAAUCUUGCGGAGGCUUUAAAAUUGAAGGGUAUAAUGGAAUUUAAUGGUGUGAAGCUUGAUGUUGUUGCUUUCAAUGUUCUCAUUACAGGCCUUUGUGCUGAUGGUAAAAUCGUGCAUGCAUUUGAAUUAUACAAGGAAAUGAAACAAAUGGAACUCUGUCCCAAUAUCACCACCUACGCUAUUCUUGUUCGUGCUGUUUGUGCUGAUGAUGAUCUUGUGAAGGGCGAAAUGCUUUUGACAGAUUUACAUGGGAGAGGAUUGAUAUCCCGAGAUGGAAGCACACAAGAUUUACAUAAGGAGUUGACGGUUGCUAUGGGAAGGCUAAAUUUUCUAAGGCAUAAAAGAAAGAAAUAGGGCCAAAUAAAGAGGGAAAAGAAGAAAGAGAGAGAGAAAGCUGGGCCACCUUUAGGGAACAAAAAUAAAGUCUGGAGGCUGGCAGACAAGGCUGAGAUCGGCUUUUCAAUACUUGAAAACAAGCUGUGAUGCUUAAGACUAGGUGGAGGAGUAUUUCUGGGAGCUGCUUUGUGCAGUUUAUGCAUGAAUAAGAUUGGCAUCACAAACAAUGGUCUAAAUCUUUGGGGAGUGGAUUUGGUGUUUUCAUUUUCUGAAUUUGAGACUGGAAGCACAACAAAGUUAUUUUUAUAAACAAAGCCAGUCGACUCGUGUUGUGCAAUGGCUUUGGGAGGUUGUGAGCUUUUUUAACAAGGAAGAUAUGCUGAGAUUGCUGCAAUUUGGUGCAUCACAGGUUUCUUUGGACAGCUCGAAAGCUUUGCAAGCAAUUCUUCUUGUCAUCGGAGGUUUCAGAUUGACAAAGCAUAUGGACACAUUUCAUGCCUUCCAUCGGCUCAUACCUGCUUCAAUCAACUAGACCUUCCCAGGUACAGUGCUUCUAAAGAACAGUCCGAGCGCUUGCUACAUGCUGUCUAAGAAGCUACUGAGGAUCUGGCUUUCAUGGAAAUAAACCUCUUUAUCAGAGAGCACUCAUAUUUUCAAUUAACAUGUCCAUGUUAGUUUGAUUCCUUUUUCUUUUAUUCAAAUUCUGAAUUCUUUUUGGAUGUAGCAUGGAAGUUCCAUUUCUAAUUGGAAUAUACUAAGCCAAUAAAAUAAUGGUGGUCAUUUCUUUAAAACAUAGUUUUGAAAAUGCA